GGACACAGCUUAUUGUCUCUCCCUUUCUUCUUCCAGCGAAAAUAACUGAAUUUGCGGCUCCACUCGAGCUAGAAUACGCAUGACUGCGCAAUGCGCAUCCACACGCACAUCACACACUAAACCCCGCCAUAAACCCCUUUUCUGAAAACCAAAAAUACCCAUUUGCAAAGAUGUUUUUUCUGGCAAAAUUGCUUCUCUGCAUCACCACCCUCAUCCUCCUUUCCGCCGCCGUCUCCACCCCUUCCGCCACCACCCUCGGAGUCACUUGCAACCUCUCCACCCCCAACCUCACCGGACCGGAACACGUGGUAUCCACCCUCCAAUCCCGCCGCGUUUCCGCCGUCCGACUCCUCGACCCCACUCCCGCUGCUGUCCGCGCCUUCGCCUACACCAACAUCAGCCUCAUCCUUUCCGUUCCCAAUCAUCUCAUUCAGUCCUUCGCCGCCAACCGCUCCGCCUCCACCCUCUGGCUGCACUCCCACGUCCUCCCCUUCCACCCCCGCACCCACAUUUCCCUAAUCUCCGCUGGCUCGGACGUCCUAACUACUGCCGCCACCUACGAUCUUACCCUCGACCCAUCCACCGCCCUCCUCCCCGCCAUGCGCAACCUCCACCUCUCCCUACUUGACCUGGGCAUUCGAACAAUUUCUGUCUCCACCACAUUCUCUUUCAUCGACAUCUUGACGACGUCGUUCCCCCCCUCCUCCGCCGAGUUCCAAGAACCCAUCGGGUCUUUGAUCAUUCGUCCAUUGCUUCAGUUCUUGGACGAAACAAACUCUUCUUUCUUGGUCAAUCUCUACCCUUACAACGUCUACAGAAUCAACUCCGAAAUCCCAAUUGGGUAUGUGCUGUUCCAACAACAUCCGUUUAAUUUCCGGGACGACGUAAUCACCGGAGUCAGGUACUGGAAUUUGUUCGACAUGAUGGUUGACGCUGUUGUAGCCGCCAUGGCGGUUUCUGGGCAUGAGAAUAUCCCGGUGAUUGUGGCAGAGACCGGGUGGCCAAGCGAAGCAGAGGCUCAGGCAGCUGGAAACUAUGCGGAAAUGUACUUAAAGGGGCUGGUGACACAUUUGAGGUCUGGUUUGGGGACACCUUUGAGGAAAGAAGGGGUGGCUGAGGCCUACAUUUAUCAGUUGUUUGAUGAGGUUGAUUCGACUCACAAGAAUGAUAAGAAUGGUACGACCGGUGCUGCAAUGAGUGGAGUUACAGGGGCAGGGCAACAUUGGGGGAUCAUGUAUCCCAAUAUGACUAUGAAGUACAAUUUCGAUCUCUCAGGUUCAACAAGGGUUACAGGAAAUGAUAAAAGAUGGGUGAAGAUGGUUCUUGAAGUAGCUGCUUCUUUGGUGAGUGUCCUGCUGUUUCUUUAGUGUAAAAUUGUAGACUUUUGCCCAACUGGGAAUAGACUCUUGCAGCCUUGGUGAAAAUCUUAAGUGUUUUUCAUCCUGAAUUUGGUAGUAGUUACUCAAGAUCUUCAAUGAUUGUUAGUUAAUAGAUUUAGUCCCUUAAUCAAAGGUGAAUUCAGUACUCUUGUUACUGAUAUUAACGUUCUUGAAGAGCACUGCAAUUAGCAGAGUGACCAAUUGGUUCAUCAUUUGUAAGUUUUGUUAUAGAAAUCCCAAACAAAAGUUGGAUUCCAGUAUCAUUUGGUAGAUUCUUGAUGAAUGUACGUGCUAGAUCAGUUUCCUACUUCACCAUGUUAUAAUGAAGUCGCUAAUGCAGUCUGCUUCUUGAAUUCUGAUGGCGG